AUGCCUUCUCCUUCAACAAUAGGAGUUGUCACUCCGGGAUCGACCUAUGAUCUAGUUUGUAUCGGGUUUGGAGCUUCUGCACUGUCUCUGGCCAUUGCCCUCAAAGAAAGGCAGAGCCUAGCCAGUACAGUAUUUCUCGAACAACAACCGCAGGCAAGAUGGAAGCCAUGUCACAGCCUCAUAUCUCCACGAAUGAAGACGUCAUUUUUGAGCGACUUGGUAACAUCGGAAAAUCCACGCUCGAAGUUCACAUUUGUCAGCUACCUUCAUUCCACAAAUCAACUCGUCACUUACACCAACUCUGGAAGGAUCGCCCCAUCACGGCCUAUGUUUGCAGACUAUCUGAGAUGGUGCGCAAAGCAAUUCGAAUCUCACGUUUGCUUUGGAAACCGGGUUGUGGGAGUGAUGCCCCGUAAUGGUAACAAUGGCUUGCUGGAGGGCUGGAAUGUGCUCUAUGAAGACAUCUCAACUGGGCAAAGAGGAUCUAUCACAUCACGGCAGGUUGUGUGCGCUGCUGGACUGCAGCAGAAAAUUCCAAACGUGCUCUCUGCUCAAUCCAUUCGACCACGAGUUGCUCACUCUUCUGAAGCACUUGAAGCAAUAUCUGAAGUAUUGAAAGACAAGCGACAGACACCCAAAAUCGCUAUUGUUGGCGAGACUAGUCAUGCAGCCGAGAUAUUCGUGCAUCUGCAUGGCAUUCAUGGCAACCACAAUGUGCACUGGCUCACGCAAAGGUCGGAAGUGAAAGGGAAAGAAGAAACACCGUUCGCUCUGGAAAGUCUACAUCAAUCGCAUCAAGUUCCUCCAGAGUUCAGCAGGCAAGGCGGGGAACGGUCGCGAUCAGCAAAUGCUCUGCCUCGCCAAUUGAUGACAGAAAUCUAUGACUUCAUGUAUGAUCAGAGCGUCAAGCAACCAGACUCGUCGAAGUGCCGCUUCCAAGUCAGGCACAGCACCAGCAUAACCAAUUGUCAGGUAACCCCGGAUAACAAGGUUGAGCUUGGUUUCCAGAGUGGCGCAACCCUCAACCUUGGGUCGAAAAGUGACAUAUAUGACCUUGUGAUAUCAGCAACGGGCUACGAUACUAGUGAGCAUCGAAGGAUCCUAAGCCCCUUGAGCCAACUUGUCGAUGGCCACAACAUCACCGUGGCUGCAGACUACCAGGUCAACUUCCGCUCCGGAGUGAAGAAGAGCAACACUGGGGUUUGGCUCUUACACUCACCCAUUGAUUCUGAUGAGAUUGAUGACGCCUUGUAUCAGAUUCUUGCACAGCGUAGUGCCCGCGUUGCCCAAGCGUUGAUAGAACAACGAAAACUCCCUGCCGAAGAGACCACAUCGGAAGAUAGAUCUGCUCGGCUAUAG